AUGGUUAGCGACUUUUCUUACGUAGUUCUUACAGUUUUUGCUUCCUUCUUCCAGGCUAGCUCCAGUACCCCAGCCAGCACCCCAACACAACCCCCAGCAGCAACCCCAUCCUCAGGCUCUACCCAGGGAGACCUGGACCUGUUCAGUGAGACUGGUGGUGGAGUUGGCAUUAAGGGGGAGGACACCGGGGCCAAGAAACACCUCUCCAAGGACUCCAUCCUGUCCCUGUAUGGGAACAGCAGUAUGCCUCAGAUGCCCCAGCACCAGCAGGCCCCGCCUGCUGGUAUAUACAUGAACCCCGCCCAGAUGCAGUUUCCAGUAGGCAUCCCCCAGCAGCAGGUCCCCACUGGCUACCAGGCCUUUCCUGGCAUGGGCACGGGCAUGCCCCCCACCACCGUCAUGGGUGCCAUGAUGGCUCAGAGCGGAGCCGCCAUGAUGGGACCCAACACAGGCAUGAUGGUUGGCAUGACGAUGCCCAACGGUUUCAUGGGACAAGCGCCUGCGGCCGGGAUGGUUGGCAUGGCUCCGAGGAUGAUGGGGGUACCCCAGGGGGGGAUGCCCGCGGGUAUGGUGCCCGCUCAGGGCAUGCAGGGGAUGUAUGCCGUCCAGCCUGGGCAGCAGGGCCAGUGGAACAUGGGACAGAUGAACCAGCAGAUGUCAGGGAUGAGUCUGAACGGUGCCGGAGGGGGCAUGGCCUUCGGUCAGCCUGCCUCCACCAUGGGAGGCUGGGCCGCUUCACCCUCCGGUCAGACACUCAGCACACAGCUCUGGAAGUGA